CUUAAUUUUGUGUAUGUAUUAAAAAUCCACUUGCAUUUUAUAUUUCUUAGCAACUUAAUUUACCUGGCUGAGGGCAUUUUAUUAGUUUUUCGACCACCAAAAGGUUAAUUGUAACUCCCUUUAUGGUGUCGCGCAUUUACGUUUAUCCCCUUCCCAGAAUGCAACACCUAAGCCUAAAGUUCCUGUCGUAAUUUGAAAUGAUACUGGCUAACUGCUAGAGCUCCUAUGUAACAAACAUCUGCAAUGUAAUAAUUACUUUGGUCUUACAUUCAAUAUACAUACCAGUCAAUUUCUUCUGUUGAAAACUUUCAUAAAACUUUUAAGAUGGCAAAGACAAUUGACAGCUUGGAGUGUGGAAAGUGUGGUGAGAUAUUUCAUCAACUGGAAGGAUUUAUCAAACAUAAAAUGUCUAAUUGUACCCCUAUUGAGAAACCAAUUAAAGCAGAAGAUCCUCCAGAUAGUGAUAAAGAUUCUAAGAAAUUCUCUAAGCUUGCUGUGAAGAAAUCAUCUUUAAGUGAAGUGAGUCUUAAAGGAGUCAGCAAGAUGAGUAAAAGCAUUGAAAAAUUCAAAAAGAAUUCGCCGCAGGUAUUGAAGCACAAAGUAUCAACCUCUACUCCUAAAAUGUCUAAAUCCAAGAUGAUGAUGGACUCUGAUGUGCCCAAGUUAAAAGGUGUAACGGGCUAUUUGUGGAAAAAACGUUUAAUGCAAGAGAAACUGAAAGAGCAGAAACGGAAAGGAAUGAUGCAUGGUAAGAGAAAGUCUAUGUCUCAUCAUUCUGAUGAAGAUUCUGACCAAAUAAUGGACUCUUCAGAUAGCGAUGAUUCUGAUGAUCGAGACAAUGAAAGAUGUGGUUUAUGCCCAGGGUGCCUUAUAGAAGAAGAUUGCAUGGAAUGUCAAAUUUGUCUUAAAAAAAUGGAAUAUCCCGAUAUUGAAGCAGUCUGUUUAAUGAGGGAGUGCACUGCUGAAACUGAAGAAGAAGUUUACAAAGUAGAAAAGAUUCUUGCCAAACGUUUCCGUCAUGGACGUUAUGAAUACUUAAUAAAAUGGAAAGGUUACCCGAACUCGGACAAUACUUGGGAACCAAAAGAAAAUAUUCUUAGUCGUCGUUUGCUGGAAGAAUUUGAGGAGAAGUACGAUAGGUUAACAAAGCGAAAACCAGUAAUUCCAUUUGCUAGAAAGAAACGAAAGUAUUAUUAUACUGAAUCUAGCGAUUCCAGUCAAGAUGAGCUUCGAGCCUCCAGAAUGUUUUCACCUGCGUCUCCCAUGGAUUCUAAGCGAGGACGCUCCAGCAAGAAUGCAGCAAUGAAUUUCAUCAAAACUGUUUGUUUGAAAGGGAGGAGGCCUAGUCCUGAUUUAAUUGAUCUUCCAAUGUCAAUGAUGGAUUCAGAUUCAUCUAGAUCUCCAUCACCCGAACCACCCGCUAAGAAAAAAGUCAUAAUUGAAGUUCCUGACCCAAAAGAAGCAGGAAAAUACAUCAGAGUUAAAGGAGAAGCUAGAAAAAUUAGAUUUUUAAAGGAUUGCGAUCUGAAUCCAAUUGUGGAGUUGGGAGAAAAAGUACCCACGAAGGAAGAAGAUAUCCAAGCUUUAGUUUUUGAAGAUAUCAUCAAUAGAAGGAUAUCUAAAUUGAAAGACAAGGAAAUUAAAGUUUCCAAAAUUCCCGAAACCAAAGUUAAGCCAACUGGUUUACAGAGGCCGAAAAGUAAUGAAUCUGAUAAGUUUAUUCCCAAAGUUGUCACUCCCAUAAAGACUUCUACCCCUAUUCUAAAAUUACCACAAAAAACAUUGGAAGAUUCUCAGCGAAAAAGACUUACAUAUCAGGAUAAAAUUGACACUUUGAAAACUAGCGACGUCAAUUCUGAUUAUGACAUCGAUAUGUCUUAUGACGAUCCGGAUGAUCCUGACGAUGCCUUGAUUGAAGGCGAGUCCAAAACUUUAGCAGAAUUGAGAGAAAGUUUUCUCAAAAAGAGUAUGAAAAAAACUGAACCAGAGCAAAAGCCCAGGCCUAAACCAGUUGAACCUGUUCCAAAAGCAGGUGCACGAAAAAAUUUUCAACGAGCUGUGAAUGCUAAAAGCACACCUCCUGUGACACCAAAAUCUACUGUGACUCAGCCUCGUGUUACUUCUAGCUCAUUUACUGGCUCAAAGGGGUCACCUAUUGGGGGAACAACUGCUAAUGAGAGAGUGUUUGUAGUUAUGCCUGAUGGUAGUAUGGUUGAAGUAAGUCAUGCAGCGACCACAGACAGUAGUACUCCAGGGACAAAAGCAAUUUCUACUCCAGUUCAAAAGAAAGCACCCAUGAAGGAUGUGAAAUCAACCAAAAAACUUCCUCAGAAGAAGCAACUAGGCUCUGAUGCAAAUGAUAAUGAUGACAACAAGUAUUUGAAAUUGCCUAAUAUGCUUCAAAUGGUCCAGAGUGAAUUGCCUCUAACAGAAGCUGAAAACAACAGCAAAUUGAUAGGAAUGUUCUUAUUUCGGCAAGUCAUCUCCCCCAAUGAUACUGUUCAAAAAUGCUUGCUCUGUCCCUCCAAAGCAAACUUCCGCCACGUCCUCGAACUCGAAAAACAUUAUUCCAACAUUCACGAACUGGCGUCUCAAACAUUCAAGGCUGAAUUCAGUGAAAAUAUUGUUUUCGUUUGCGUACCCCCUGACGUGACAGAACAAACGACCCUCAAUUCCAACUGCAGAUUUUGCGAAGUGACUCUGAAGAACUUAGCCGAAGUUCGGUCGCAUUACCCGGUUGCGCACAACAAGGUUGUGCGUUUGGUGCAAGAGAAGCAAGUUGUCGAACUUAGCAAGUCCCUCUUCUGCAGUAUCUGUUCCGAGCAGUCUGACUCUUUCGAAAAGCAUCACGCUCACAUGAAAAGUGUACAUAGAAUGCACACCCUGGUUUGCAAUUUUUGUAAAUUCAUUACCUCGCGAGCCAAUAGGCUCCGGCAACACAUAAAAACGACUCAUCCUACCAACACUACUGUCUCUCCAGAUAGCAUUGGAGCAAAGGGGUCCAAGAUAAAGUUGAAAUGUCCCGUGUGUCAGCUGUUCAUUAAUGGAAAAGUCAAUUUGGAUCAACAUAUAUUGCUGUCUCAUUCAGUACAAACAGGCCCUGAAACUUGGUCUUGUGCGAAAUGUCUGCGACCUUGUAGUUCUGCUAGAGAUUUUACUGUUCAUGUUUUCACAUGUGCUACUAACAGAUAUGACAAUGCUCCAUAUAAGCCAGCUUUUGUAAAGCAGACUUCAUGUGUUUAUAAAUGCAAUCAAUGUGCUGCCACCUUCAUUUCUGAAAAUCUUAUCUUGCAACAUUUGGUCGAUUCUAAACACACUGAACAUUAUGAAGUAGUGCGAAAUGUUCCAACAAGUGGACCCCCAGAGACGUGCUUUUUGUGUGAAGAAAGUUUUGUUCAUUCUGAAAUGUGCAAAAAGCAUUAUUUGCAUACUCACAUGGUUUGGUCCGAAAAGACUCCUAUUAAGCACAAUGAUAGCAACAAUGCAAGUGAUGUCAUUUCGUGUAAAUUAAAAAUGGAAGAAAUUCCUGAUAAGGAAGAAUUGAAUCAGCUUAAGUUUGCAUCUAAGAUUGGAAAUUACUGUCAUAUUUGUGACACUGUCAUCUCCAGCUAUUCUCUUUAUUAUCUGCAUAUGCAAGAUCUGCAUUCCUCUGAGAAGUGUUUCCAGUGUAUAAUUACAUCUUGUGGUAAAACUUUCACAAGUCCUACCGAAUUCAAAAAGCACAUCAGGUUACAUCCUCAAAACUUUGCUUACAACUGUAGCAUUUGCGAUGCUACAUUUGUGAAUGAAGAAGAAUUGAAAGAGCACAAUGUUUCAGUCGAGCAUGGUAGUCAAUAUAUGAAAAUGCAUGAAAAAUGCCGACCAAGUGGUAUUGAAGCUAGAAAUCACCAAUGCAAGAUUUGUCAAACCUGGUUCGGUUUACGGCAUUAUCUUGUGCAGCAUAUGGAGAAUGAUUCACAUGACUACAAGUGUCAAAAGUGUGGUUUACAGUUCUUGCAACCCGGUUCUAGAAGAUUACACAUUCAACAAAUGCAUACUGAUAUUGCAACAGUGUGUGAGUUCUGUGGUAUAAAACUAACAAGUACUCAAGCAGUUUGGGCUCAUUUGAAAAGCCAUGGUAUUGUUCACGAAUGUACAAGCUGCCAUAGACGUUUCCUUCAUAAGGAGCAAGUCCUUACACACAUGGAAGCUCAUGACCCUCCUGUCCAGUGUCCCUGGAAGGGAUGUACUCGCCAACUAGUGACAAAAAUUAGUCUCUAUUAUCACUUGAAAACACACAGGGGAGAUGAAAAUCACAAAUGCCCAUUUUGCGAAAAAGAAUUCAUUAAGCAAAAAUUGCUCGAAGCUCAUAUGAGGACUCAUGAAGCUGAUGCUGCAGCUGCUCAAAAGAAGGCGGAAGCUGAAAAUGAUGAGAAAGAAUCUUCAGAAGCCAAGUCUCAGAGUGAAAGUGAAUUGAUACAAUUAGUAUGUGCUGGCUGUGAAAAAGGAUUUGAUGAUGAAGAUCAAUUUGCCAGCCACAAGUGCAAAAGCGAGACAGAAAAUGAGAUGAAUAAACUUGCCGAUUCUCCAAAACAGUCAGAAAUUCCAAUCAUUGAUACAGAAAAGUCUGAAGCUGCAGUUUCAGAUGAAAAACUUUUUUUCGCUGAAUCUGAAGAACCUACAUCUGAAACAAAAACAGUCGAUGAACCGGAUGAACCCGAAAUGUUCACCCAAACAAGUCAGUUGACUGAAAAAUCCAAUGCCGAUUCAGAAGUAGUCGAUAAAGUUUCUGAGAAUUCUGCUGAAAUAAAUUUGAUGGAAGCCAGCGAAUCACCAAAAGAAGAAAGUGGUAAAGUUGAAAAAGACAGCGAAGAGGAAAAAGUUUUGGAAGUUGUGUCCGAAAACAGCGAAGAUGUAACAGAUAAAGCUUUAAGUUUGGAUGCUGAAUUGUCGAAUAGCAAUGAUGAAAAGAAGGAAUUUUUGGAUAGAGUUCUGUCAAUGUCUAACCAAGAGAGUAAUGAUGGUUCUGCCCAUUUUGAUGAGUUAUCUAGUGAAAUGGCCCUUGCCAUCGAUAAAGAUCAAGUAAUGCAGAUGGAAGAUUCAGAAUCUGCUGCCAGUCGAGUCGAUUUACCAGAUACUAUUGUAAGUCAAGAAACAGAUGCACCCGCUUCUGAAUCGGACGUCGCUAAUCAAAUUCCUGACAAAUUUCUAGAACCUUCGUCCCAGUCAGAGUUUUCAGAACCUGCGGAUACUGAGCAACAAAUAAUCUCAAACUUGGCCAGCAUUGGGGAAGAUAGUAGCAUUGAUGAAACAUUACAGAGCAAAGAUGAUGAAGCAGGGGUGAGCAAGGAAUCGAGCAACGGGCAACAGAUUUCCUCCGAACCAGAUCAGGAGCAAACAGUCGUAAUGAUGGUUGCAGAUCAUCAAGACGAUAGCCAAGAAAUGGAACUAGAAUUAGCAGAUGACGGAACCUAUGCCGGAGCCACACUUUUAAAAGUACCAACUUCUGAUGGCAAACAAGUCCUUUUGAUUCCAUUUAGCUCUGCAGAUGGAACCCAGGUUUUGUCGUUACCUCCAGGUUUGACGCUCGAAACUGAUGGUUCUCCUCAUGGACAAAACAUACAAAUAGCAUUAGAAGACACGGGAAGUGUUGAUGAAAAUGGAGAACAAAGGUUCCUCCAUGUACCCGUGGAAGGUAUGGGCGACUUGCUUCAAGCGGGGGAAGAUAUUCAAGUAGAAGAAAAAAUGGCAACGGACUCUAUCGUUUCCGACAGCGACAUUUCUCUUCACUGAAACAAAGGAAAAUAUUUGUUAAUGUAUAUCUGCUUACCUUGUCAAAAAGAAGAAGAAAAUAACUUGUUUUUUGUUAUUGUUUUUUUGACUGGUGGAAUUCCUAUGGGGUUUUUAAUUCUGACAUUUGAUUAAAUAAAUAUUCUUUCUAUACAUAUGCUUCUUUAAAAACAAGUAAAGGAAAUGAAUACUAAUGCAUCGUAAAAGAAGAAAAAUAACAUCCUGUUAUUAAAUCUUUUAGUUUAUUUCCUGACUAAUUUAAGUUUAAAGUUAUACAUUUGUUUAGUUAUCUUUUACUUAUAAGAUAAUUCAUUUAUCUAAUUAAAAAAAAAAAAAAAAAGAAUUAUUUCCUUUUCUUGUUUAAUGAAAGCAGCAACAUUAAAAACAAGCAGUUAUAUUAGAGAAGAAGUUCAUUUGAAUGUCGUGUAUAAAUAAGUGAUUGAAAGCUUCAUUUGCGGAUAGUAGGGGAGUCUGUAUAUACAUGCGGUAGUUAACUCUUCUUCUUUUACUAGUCUUUGGAAAUCAUGCAAGCUUCCCAUCUUUUAACUUCACCCUCCAUUGGACAAGUGCUAUUUUUAGAGGUUUACUUAAUAAUGUAAAUAAUUAAAAAUAUUUUAAGUGUGUUGGAAUAGAUUUAAAUUAUUAACUUUCAAUGCAUUGCCGAAAGCCAUAAAAAAAUUUUCUGAACAAAAAAAUCCGAGUUGUAAAUUCUUCAGUUAGCCACUCUUUCAAGUUAUUUAAGGACUUCAAAAUAUUAAUUGAAAAUACUGUGCAAUGUAUUUAGUGGUGGGUAUUUUUUCUUAAAAAAUACAGUAAUCUUUUUGUCAUUUGGAAUUACGUGAACUAAUUUAAGCUAUAAACCCGUUUAAAAAUUUUUAAAAAAAAAACUCAUUUUGGUUUAUAUUGGCAGCAAUAUUUUUAUACCUCACACUUUAAGAGCAAUGACUGUUUACUUCAUAGAUUUGUUUUUAUAUAUUUUAGUUGCAUGUAAAUCCCAAAACACUAAAUUAGAAAAUUAAAUUAAAUUUUUGAGAGUCCUUUCCUUUUUCCGUGACUUAUCAUUGUUCCUUAGAAAGCUUUUCAAAUUUAUUUAAAAAUGCAUAUACCAAAUCAUCUUACGCUUCCAUCAUAUUAAUUUUAUAAAGGUUGAAGUUGGUAAAUAAAAUUGGUGUUCAUUUCAUUUCUUUUCAUCAGUGAUUACUGCAUCUCUUAUAUAAAUAUGUUUUGGCUUUCUGUUAUUUUUUCUCUCACUUGUAUCGAUAAUUGGCUUUAUCAUCCAUUAAAUUGUAGCAAAUGAAUAGAAAUGUAUUUAAAAUUUUACAUCAUACAAAUAAAUAUUUUUAGUUUCUGUAAUUUAGGUUUUUUCAUUGUCUAUGCAUGCAAAUAAGCUAAUAAAAUCUAUAUAAUAAACAAGCUUAACUAAGCCUAAACUAUUGAUGUGAUAUAUUUGAACUAAAAUCUAAAUUUUCCCAAGUUUUUGUGCAUUUGUAUUUAGCCAGAGAAUUUAAUAAUUAACAAGUUUGACUCUUUACAAAAUUGGGGAUUGUUAGAAUGAAAAUGUUUAAAGGAAGGUAUGAAAUCUAAUAUUUUUGCUGAACCAAGAUUAUUUUUACUUAUUACAAUUUUAAAAUGAAGAAAAUUAUUUCAGAGGGAGAAAUAAUUAAAAUUGAAACUUUUUAUUCCUAACUUAAAAAAAAAAGAAAAAUUAAACCUCAACUAAAUGGAACCGUUACAAAUUUGUCUUUGUGUAAGGAACGGUUACUGACCUAAGUGCCUAGUAAAUCACUGGUAAAUUUAAAAUACCUGUUACUCAGUACCUGUUUCUUCUAUGAUGUCCCGAAACCGUUUUUUUAACUUUUUUUCUCUCCAGAAAACUAUUUCAGCGACACUUCAUUUAUACAGUUAUUUAAUGUAUUUUAAUUGUUAAACUGAUAAGGCAGCAAAUUGGAAGACUGGCUGAUUCUAUGGUGUCGUAUGAUGACGUCACGCGUGAGAUUCUUUUGACGGAUUUAAUUUUAACGACUCAAUUUUUAAUUUUAGCGUCUGUUCAGAGAUUCACAAUAUCUAUCACUGAAGUAAAUGUAAGCUUUCAAUUUGCUGAUUUAAAUUGAUAAAACAGUCUGUGUUUGAAAAAAUGGAAUUCUAUCAAUAUUUUCUUAUAUCUGCUUAUUUGUUUAAUGUAUUAACACAAACCUGUAAUGAAGCUUGAGUAUAAAAAUAAAGCAUAUACAUAGCG